AUGCACUUCGCCUUGCCAAUCUUUGGACUUCUCGCCAGUGUUGCGAUGUCUAACCCCACCUGGUCCAAUACUUGGGACCCCACCUGGUCCAAUACUUGGGACCCCACCUGGUCCAAUACUUGGGACCCCACCUGGUCCAAUACUUGGGACCCCACCUGGUCCACUACUUGCACUACUUCUACCACCACUACCUCGACCACCACUACCUCUACCACCACUACUCCUACCACUUCUUGUACUACUACUCCAGAGCCGUCUUGGAUCUCCGAGUGGUCGCAUUGA